CUAUGGACCAGAGUUUGCGCCUGCUGCACUGUAAAUCAACCUGUUACAGAAUCAGAAAUCCUUGCUAAAAUCUGGAACUAAGAGAUUCCAGAGAAAUACAGGCAUUAGAAUGGGUUGAGCAGGAGCUAAUGGCACGUUUUGUGGCUGAUAUGUACUCCGACAGCAGAGGUAAGGAGGUGCCUGUAGCUGUCCCAGAUUCCACCCAUGGCCACACCGACUCAGAUUCUGAGUCUGGAUCUGCAUCCAUUUUAGGUGCUGUAGGGGGGGCUGGCUUGCAGCUGUUUGUGGACGCUGGUCAGCCUGUGAACAGUCAGCUGGUAAGUGAGGUGAUCAAGGAGGUUCUCCAGGAGAAGAUCGCCAGUCUACUGGGGGAGUUCCCAGAGAGGGAGGAGAAGCCACUGGCAGAACGUGCCGGUUCGCCUAACCUCGUACAGGAGGAGAGGGCCGGAGGGAGUCCAUCACCCAAACCAUCACACUCGACAAAACCUUUACCUCGGUCUCCUCGUAAAGUGAUCCCAACCCCAGAGCCGACUCCCCGAUCAAGUCCUGUAGCCUCCUCUCCCCCAGCCACAUCGCCCGUGUACACCCCUAUCCAGUCUGUGGAGAUAGAGGAAGAGAUGUCUCCAGUCCCGCAAGCCCCAGUGGAGCCCAAGGAAGAAGCACCAGUGGCUACUUUGCUGGAGACGUCUCUGGAACCAAGUUCCGCGUCUGUAGACAUUGUGGAUAUGAUGAACAAGAUAGCUGCCACGGUGACAUUCCCUGUGGAAGAGGGGCCAGUAGUGCAGACGACAGGAGCUGCUGCGACCCCCAUUGCCUCCCCAGAGCCUCCCCAUGACAUGAGGGAGCCAGAAGAGGUUAUUGUUACACCCCCCUUAUCGGGUAGCCCUGUCAGGACUGACAGCCCCCUGGAGGCUGAUCUGGCUCGAGGCAGCCCAAGAGAGAAUGAAACGGUCUCACCGCUACCAAAGAAAGAAGUGGUCACACAGACGGACAUGGAGACGCCUACACAGACCCCUCAGCCAGAGCGCAUUGACAUGUCCACCUCCAUCAGUAAUGUGAAGCCUAUGCAGGAUGAGGUCAUCAGCCUUUCCCAGUCUGACAUCACUUCCCUCACCUCUAGCCUGACAGAGACCGUCAAUGAGAGCCUGUCGGAGGGACAGUGGCUGGUCAGUCACAGUGAAGGCCAGCUUCCACAUAUUGCUCUCAAUGAAGCUGUCAGACUGAAGGUGCAGACAGGCCACAAUCGUUUGGGUGAUUUCAGCUUGGCCAGCACACUGAGGGAUACUGAAGAUCUGGAGACAGAUAUUUCUCACAGUGAGGGAGAAUUUUGUCAUCAGUCUUUAGAAGACCCAACAGGCAUGUUAGCUCUGCUCAAUAAGAUACAGGCAGGAGCUGGAUUUUAUCAGUACGAUUUAACCCUGCCUGAUGUACAGGCUGUGCUCAACCAGACUGGAGCCAGUACAGGGGAGAUAAGCUUGGGGCAACAGGUGCACAGGCUUAGCCCCCCACACAAGGAGAGCAGGAGGUCAGGUCGGCAGUCUGAGGACAGACAGCCUGACAGACAACUGAACAGGCAGACAGACAGGCAGCUGGACAGACAGACCUCAGCUCCUAAAGUAACUGUGAUACAAAGUCUGUCAGCAACGGAUGAGACUGGUGGAGAUGGGAGAAGUGAACAGGUGAAUGAAGCAGCCAGUCAUGAUGUGGUACCACGGCCAUCCAUCCUGAAGAAGUCCCAGGAGUUAGAUGUAGCUGUGAACAUGAGGACGAGGGAGGUGGUAGCUUCUCACCCUGCAGGGAGCCGCAUAUCUCCAGGUGGAGGAAGGCGUGGUCAGAAGAGCAGUGGUCCAGGGGGCAGAUUUCUGGCCAGUCAGAUGCCUCUGAGGAGAGACUCAACUCGUCCUGGCAGAGGAAACAUGGAAGAGGACUUAACAGCCAGCAGAAAAGGUACUGGCUCAUUGACACCUGACCAAAUGAGGACAGAUGUACUUAUCAGCCAGACUUUCAGCCAAUCGGAGGGCAGAGCAACAUCAGCAUUCAACCAAUCAAGAGAACUGAGACAGUCAUUGAACAGGUCUGAAGACCUGGGAUCCUUGAGAGCCUCUUAUGAAAUGACUGGAUCCGAUUAUCAGAGUCACAGUGUGAACCAGUCUGUAGAUCUAGCCCAAUCUACACACACCAUGAACACAGCGUCUGCCAGUUUUAGUGAGACAGAGUUAAGGCACAUGGCUGAGUUUGGGACAGGCAGUGGCACAGGCCCCAGGGUUGUCUCUGUGACUAUACCAGGCCAGGGGCAGGAGGACACAAACUCUGAAGGAGGGGAUAGUCUGUGAGGCUAUACCAGGCCAGGGGCAGGAGGACACAAACCCUGAAGGAGGGAACAGUCUCUAAGACUAUACCAGGCCAGGGGCAAGAGGACGCAAACUCUGAAGGAGGGAACAGUCUCUGAGACCUGUGGAGAUUGUGUAUGCUGCUAUAUCAUAAGAGGAUGAAUUAAAUGUUAGAAGUUAACUAUACCUGGUUAUGUAUAUAUAAAUGACUGGUCAGAUAAUGCUCAGUAAUUAGUAAUGUGUAUUAUUCAUAUCCGUCCAUUUAUAUUAAUAUAUUUGUAUUUAAGUGCAUUGGGGAAUUCUCCAGAAUUUAUAAAGAUAAAAUGUGAUUUGUGUAAAUGUCCGUUAUCCAGAGAGCAUAAAGAUUUUCCAAACUAAGGCCUACAUUCUUGCAUUACUUACACAAAGACUAUAAAAUGUCUAUAAAUGUCUAAAUGACAUGCAUUCUACCCUAACAACUGAUGGUAAAAGAAUGUUGACAGGAGAAGCAGAGUACCGUAUACAGUAUGUGCGCUUUUUCAUGUCACAGAUGUGUGACACUGGUUGCUGCUUUGGGUUAUUUCCACAUCUUUACAUUCCUCAUUGCUGUACAUUUAGUUUGUUUAAGUUGUGAGAUAAAGGAAAUUAGUUAAUCAUAUAAAGUUAAUGUAUUAUCACAUGCCCUUAGGAAAUAAGAAGUAUU